GUGAGACUUCCCCACUUCUGCCCCCACUACUAUGUGCGCUACUUUUUCACAUCCCUGCUUACGUUUGGCUGGCAUAGCCUAAUUUCCGCAUUCCCAAAUCCUCCCAGAUUGGGAUCACGUUUAAAACCGGGCUGAUGCAACGAUUCCCACUUUUUAAAAUCUACUCUCGACCCUCGGCUGACCAGAAGAAAGGACAUUUGUUGCACCUGGGAUCAAAGUCAGCUGUGGUCACGACCGAGUCUGACGCGAUGCCAGGACAAAUCCCAGAUCCCUCUGUGACAGCAGGCUCCCUGCCCAGCCUGGGCCCACUGGCUGGGAUCUCUGCCACCACGCUGACUGACAAGCUCAAAUUUGGUGACUUCCAGGAGUUCGGCACAAUGCUGUCACCUCUGCACUUCCUGGACAGCCUGGGGAAGAGGCCCCUACUGAUCAAAACAGAGAGAGAUGAAGAGGUUGACAGGAGGAAACGAAGGCGAGAGAAAAACAAAGUGGCUGCGGCUCGAUGUCGAAACAAAAAGAAAGAGAGAACAGAUUAUCUACAAAAGGAAUCCGAGAGACUAGAGAUGUUAAACUCUGACCUCAAAGCCCAAAUUGAGGAGCUGAAGCUCGAACGACAGCAGCUGAUCCUCAUGCUCAACCGGCAUCGCCCCACGUGUAUCGUCAGGACGGACAGCGUCAAAACCCCGGAGAGCGAGGCGAACCCCCUGCUGCAGCAGCUGGAGGCCAAGUGAAGGUGCAGCGCCUUUGAGCAGUUUACAGUUGAGGAGAAGCAGCCAACUAGCAGCACUUAUCUUUGGGCCUCGGAUGUGGAUCCAAUAACAUCGGACUCUGUUCUGGCAGUUAAAUCAUACUUCUUUUUGUUUGUCUCUCUUUGCUUUCCUGUUUAUUUGUCAUCAUGGUCUUCAGAGCUCCCACCACUAUCAGUAUGAAGUUAUCUCUUCUCAGCUUUAGCUAUUGUUCAACAUAUAUUUCCGGCAACUGAAAUGGAAUUUUUCCCACUAUCAAAAACAUCAGUGGUUAAUAUCAACUCAGUAAUUUCAGCAGUUCAUCUGGUGAGUUACAAAUUACCAAUUUUUAUUUGCUGAUUUACAGAUGUUUAGUCUAAAUAUACAGCUGUUUAAUCAAAUGUUUUUUUUUAUUUUAUUUUUUUAUUUAACCUUUAUUUAGUCCCAUUGAGAUUAAGAACCUCUUUUCCAAGGGAGACCUGGCCAACCGGUCAGCAGCAAGAACACAAAGUUGCAGACA